AUGCUGAAACAACAAAUCACCCAAGCCUUGAAAGAUAUCAUACCCGGUUAUGAAGGAGGACCCAAAAUCUCUAAACUCGCGAGCUAUGUCGACUCCAUGUAUCAUCUAAGUUUAAGAAAACAUGCUGUACUACCCAAUAACUCAGAGAUUGGACGAUACCACUUGUGUACUUAUGUUAUUGCUGAAAAAUACCAAUCACUAUUUGACUUGCCGGCUCCAGACAUCACUAGAAUCCCCAUCCAGCCGCAAGUAGCUGCAAAAUUAUUGGACGAUUUCAGAGAUUUCAUCAACCAAUUAUCAGCGGCAAGUACACCAAACAGUAGUCCUAAAAAGCCCUUGAGAACACUGCCGAUGCUUGCAGGUGCUCCUAGUACGCCAACCAAGACUAAAGCUAAACAAACAUCAUCUCCAUUGAAAAGACUACGUCAGGCAGCUGAUGAGUACGAGAGUGAUGAGAAUGACGAAAAGAAUGGAAAAAACACAAACAACAACGAUGCAACAAAUACAACAAAUGCAACAGGUGCAACAAGUGCUACAGGUGAAGGAAUCCAACCUUUUUCACCCCUUCGAAGUAGUAUAAAGUCUCCAUUUGUCACUCGGAAUGAUGAACUACAAGAAACCAAUUCUACAUCAACCACUUCACCAAGUAAGAUUAUGCAUGACAACCAAUCAGAAUUUGGUUCUCCAUCUAAACGACAAAAGCAAUCUUCUUUGGAAUCACCAGCAAAGAGGAAAUACAGGUAUGAUUUCAAGACUGUGCUGAUUACAGAUUUUAUCACAUUCUGCAACACAUUCUAUGUACCAGCACCAUUCACUGUGCGUAUGCUAUCAACUUUUUACUUUCACAAGCACAAGUUUGUUAAAAAGACAGAUUGGUCACUCGCCUGUGGUAUUGUUUACACUGCAUACACAAGAAUCAAUCAUCAACUCCUUGCAAACAAAAUUGGCGCAAAGGCAGAGUUUAUGACACUUUUGUUACAGUACCAAAAGGGAGGUCUACUGAAGUCAUCAUUGCAAUCGUGGUGCACCUUAGUCGAAGAAUGGAUUAAGGAUGAAUCCUGGGUACAGGAUAUUGAAAAACAAUAUGUAUAUGUAAAUGAGACAGCUGAAGAAGAUCAGCAGCGAAGGGAGUAUACUGCUCGCGUUGGCAGAGGCUGGAAUUUGAUGGAGCGACUAGGUUCAAUGAUCCAUGGAGAGUUUUUAUAUCAGUCAGAGCAUCAAAACGAAUAUUAUCAAAGGUGGACUGACAACACCUCCCAACUACUUAUAAAAGGACGAGAGCAGCUGGGACAAGAACUGUAA